AUGAAUCAGACUCGAUUGUUGGGGAAACAUCAUCAUGUCUUUACAGAUAACUUUUACACUAAGCUACCCCUAGCCGAAGCUUUGUUACGCAACGACACAUAUCUAACUGGUACAGUAAACAAGAAGUCUAAAGAUUUAUCCCGAGCAGUGGUAGGAACACAAUAUGAGGCAGGUCAAACUGUUUAUUUCAGGAAAGGAAAGGUGUUGCUCGUCGGCUAUAAGCAAAAAAAGAAGAGGAAACCCGUUUAUCGUAUAACAACUGCUUGCCAUGCGGAGGAUAGAAAUAUAGUUAGUCGCAGUGGGCUACAAGCUGUGAAACCCCUAGUUAUUCACAAGUAUAAUCUAUCUAUGGGGGGUGUGGAUCAAAAAGAUAAAUCCAUAUAUCAUCACUCAUGUACCAGGCCAACUCGCAAGUAUUGGCGAAAGAUAUUCUUCAACCUAAUGGACAUGGCCAUGCUAAACGCCUACAUUUUAUACUCCAGGAACACAGAUCACCCUCUUUCAAGGAAAAGAUUCAUGGUGGAUAUUGUUGAAACACUUGUCAGGCAACAACCACCUGCAGAACCUGUUCAAGUUGAACCGAAAGUGGGGAAAAUUGACGAUACACCCUUACCCAUUCUUGAUCUUCCUGGACCUGUUUCACAAGAAAGUUGUUCUAAUUUACAAGUAAGUUGCUCUGAAGUGGACAUUGGAAGCAUUUCAAGCAGCAUAUUUCAUUCUUCAAAUAAAUGUGUUAAUACUAGUGACGAAGAGAAACUAAAUAUACUUAAGGGACUGUUUGUGCCAGAUGCAACAUUUAAGUUUCCUACCACACAACUACAGAAAAAACAUCUAAAGUUUCAACACAACUGGCUGCAACGAUGGAACUGGCUAGCUUAUUCAAAACUAAACGAUGGAGCCUAUUGUAAAUUUUGUGUUCUCUUUUCUUCAGAAUGCUUGGGAAAGGGAGAUUUAUCUGUUCGAACGGCAUCAUUAGUAGGACAGCCAUUCAAAAAAUGGAAAGAUGCUGUUGAGAAGUUCCAGCACCAUUCAAACAGGAACUACCACAAAUUGGCUACAAUUUCUGCAGACAAUUUUCUGAAAGUUGCAGAAGGGAGAAUUGAAGAUGUAGCCACCAUUCUUGAUAACAGGAGGAAACAAGAAAAAGAGCAAAACAGAGCUGCCAUUCUACCAAUCAUAGAGACAAUAAUAUUGUGUGGAGAACAAGAGCUACCCUUAAGAGGUGACAAUGACAGUGGACCCUUGACUCUUGAGAAACCAAAGAAUAAAGAUGGGAAAUUUCGAGCUCUCAUUAGACAUAGAGCAGCUUACGACUCAACUCUCCAGGACCACGUGAUAAAAUGUCCUAAAAAUGUAACCUACCUUAGCCCAGAUAUCCAAAAUGAAAUCAUAGGUAUUUGUGGCCAGAUAAUACAAGAGAAGUUAGCAGCAAAUGUCAAUUCUGCAGAGUGUUUUUCAAUCAUCGGGGAUGAAACUCUAGAUGUUUCUGGCCAAGAACAACUGUCGAUUUGCAUAAGGUACGUUACAAAUGAAGAACAUUCAUCACUGAGAGAGGAUUUUGUAACAUUUGUUCCAUUAGUAGAUUUAGGUGCGGAAAGUAUUGCUCAAAAAAUAAUUGAAGCAUGCAGAAAACUUGGUAUUGACUUAGAAAACAAACUGGUCGGCCAAGGGUACGAUGGAGCGUCUACAAUGAGUGGUUGCAAAAGUGGAGUUCAAACUAGAAUCGCAAAGCUUUUUCCAAAAGCUAUGUAUGUUCAUUGCUCAAGUCACCGUUUGAAUCUUGUCCUUUCUGACUCUCUCAAUGUUCCUCUAAUCACAAACAGUUUGGGUGUUUUAAAAGAGACUGUUAGUUUUUUUAGGCACAACACACAAGCAGGAGAUAUUUUGAAAGAAAACGUCAAAAUAUUUUGUCCUGAGUCAACAAAGUCAAGGCUUCUAAAACUUUGUGAAACAAGGUUUGUUGAGCGGCAAGAUUCGGUAAACUCAUUUGUAGAACUGUUUCCAGCAAUAGUCCCCAGCCUAAGACAGUUGUCAGAACUUAACCGAUCUUUUUCUGUAACCGCUUCAACCCUCUUAGCUGCAAUGGAGAAAGGAAGCUUUCUUGUUUCUAUUUUAGUAUGCGAAUACAUUUUUGGCCUGACUCUGCCACUUUCUCUUUACCUCCAAAGUCCAACUAAAGAGCUUGCUUCAGCAAUUAAAUAUUGUGACGACAUUUUGAACCGACUGAAGGAUCUUAGAGCUGGAUCUGGAGACGAAGAACAGUUUCACAAGAUUUUUGAGCGAUCCAAAUUGAUGUCUGAGUUAGUUCUUGAGUGUGAGAUUGAAGUCCCGAGACAAACUAAAAGUCAAACUAAACGGGACAACCAUCCCCACAGCUCUCCAGAGGAUUACUUCAAACGAGCAGUUUUUAUUCCAGCUAUAGAUGGACUUAUUGUCAACAUCGAGGAAAGAUUCAAUCAAAACCGCAAGUUCAUGUCCUCAAUUGAAGUAAUCCUCCCAAAAAACUGUAGCCUUCAAGACCUCCACCUUUUGGAAAACUUGAAUGUUUAUUAUGAAAGCAGAGUUUCACAAGAAUUACUCAAUGCUGAAUACUCCAUGUGGUGUCAAAAGUGGAGUUCAGUCAAAAAGUCAGACCGGCCGACUCAACUUAUGACAGUGAUAGACUCGUGUGAUAAGAACUUUUAUCCAAACAUCAGGUACUUGCUGUGUGUGUUGGCAUCACUGCCUGUGUCAACAUGUGAAGCUGAGAGGUCAUUUUCUGCGUUGAAACGUAUUAAGACUUAUUUACGGAAUAGGAUGGGAAAUGAGAGACUGACGGGACUAGCCUUAAUGGCUAUUCAUUAUCCUGUACCAUUCACCGCAGAAGAUGUUUUGAAUGUGAUGGCGGCUAAAGGAAAGAGAAAAUUCAUUCUGUAA